CAAAAGUCUGCUGCAUUUAAGCGGCCAUUCGGUGAGCCGAUGCGGUCUCUGGGCCGUAAGCCACUGGCAUGCGUUCGCAUUGGGCGCUUCCAGCCUGCGCGCUGGCUUUCUUGCAGCCUUGCUUCGUGCCGGAGAAGGUGUGGCUCACCAAGGACUUGCGGAAGUCUGUCAAGGCAAAGCACCCCUGGCUUUUCGACAGGGCCUUGCGUGGCCAACGGCAGAUAGCAGCGGGAAGCCUGGUGAGCGUCCACUGGAAGCAGCAGUUGCUGGCUUGGGGCUUCUAUGACCCGUACUCGCCGCUGAAAGUACGCUUGCUCUGGUGGCCAGGCGAUCCAGAGACACCAGACAACGGCGCCUGGGCCGUGCGCCUGGCCCGGGCAGCCGCGGAGCGGCGGAGUGGCACGGAGCUGGCGGGCUGCAGCGGCCUGCGGCUGCUGCAUGGGGAGGCGGACGGGACCCCCGGCCUCGUCUUGGACGCCUACGACGCCUUCGCCGUGUGUGGCUUCGAUGGCCGCGGCGCCGAGGCCUUCUGGCGGCCCAGGCUUGCCAGCAUAGUGGAAGCUUUUGCAGACGCAGGAUAUGCGCUGCAGGGUGUGCUUCGCAAGAAUAGCGGCGAGACGCUCUGGGGGAAGGCAGCGCCGGAGACCGUGGUGUUUGCGGAGCACGGAGUUCGCUAUGAGGUCCUGGAGCGACAUGGCUGCAGUCGCAAGGCCAAGCUGCGACAUGGCCACAAGACGGGCUUCUUCCUUGACCAGCGCCCAAAUCGGAAGCGGCUUCGAGAGCUCGCCGAGGGCAAGGAUGUGCUGGACCUCUUCAGCUACACCGGCGGCUUCGCCCUGGCGGCGGCCAUGCAGGGCGCUGCCACCUGGGCGGUGGACCAAGCGCCCAAGGCCAUGGAGGAAUGCCGCCGCAACUUUGCCUUGAACGGACUGGACGCCAAGGUGUGCAGAAGCUUCGAUCAAGCAAGUGAUGCCAAGCACGCGCUAUUUGUGGAGGACUGCUGGGACUUCUUACGCCGAGCUGCAGAUGAAAAGAAGCUCUUCGACAUUGCCUGGCCCCCGGCCUGCGACGGACGGCGCGAUUCCAGCGCCAAGUUCAACGGAACUAAGUCGCUUUUAGGUACAUAUGGCGACGCACAACUCUAA